AUGGAAGCUAUCAAGAUCGUCGAAGACCACAAAGCCGAACUCAAAGAUGUUCCUAUUCCCAAGCUGCGGGACGACUAUGUUCUCUGCAAAGUCAAAUGCAUCGCUUUGAACCCCACCGACUGGAAGCAUAUCGAUAGGAUUGCUAAGCCGGGACCUACAGUCGGAGUAGAUUUCAGCGGCGUGGUCGAGGAAGUCGGGCCAAAAGUCACAAAGAAGUGGAYUAAGGGUGAUCGUAUUGCGGCAUUCGUUCACGGUGGAAACGACUCGCAGCAUGAAGAUGGCGCGUUUGCGGAGUACUGCGUAGCUAAGGGUGAUCUGGCGAUGAAGAUUCCGGAUCAUCUCAGCGAUGAAGAGGCCGCGACUAUGGGUGCAGGUGUGAUCACUUGUGGACAAGCAUUGUAUCAAAGUCUUGGUCUGCCACUGCCUGGAUCUGAAAAGCAUGGCGGAUACGUCCUCAUUUACGGUGGAAGCACGGCUACAGGAACACUCGCCAUUCAGUAUGCUGUGCUCUCUGGAUGCAAAGUGCUAGCUACCGCCUCGAAGCACAAUUGGCCACUGCUCAAAUCUUUAGGCGCCGAAGAGACAUUCGACUACAAAGAUCCUGAAGAUUGUUCCAAGAAAAUCCGAGAGUAUACCAACGAUCAGCUCACCCUUGUCCUGGACUGUAUCGCGGAGGGGGACUCUCCAAAGAUCUGCGAGAAUGCCAUUUCAUCAAAGGGAGGCGCUAUCAGCUACCUCCUCCCCGCGAAGCAUUCCCGUGAAGAUGUCGAGAACAAGCACACUCUCGGCUACACAAUCAUGGGCGAGGCAUUUGAGAAGAUGGGCAGGCAAUCUCCCGCGAAGCCCGAGGACUUUGAGCACGCCAAAAGUUUUUGGGCGCUGAGUGAGAAAUUGAUUGGCGAGGGUAAGAUCAAGCCGCAUCCGCCCAAGGUUGGAAAGGACGGGUUUAAGGGGGCAUUUGAUGGCUUCCAGCAGUUCAGGGAUGGAAAGGUCAGUGGUGUUAAGCUGGUCUAUAGGGUAGAGGAGACACCCUGA